AUGCCGAGCUUCGAGCCUAAUGCCGUGAUUCGCGGCUUCCAGCUCACCGUAGUAGGAACUGUUCGAGCUCUGAAAAAUCCGGACCUUUUCAAGCAUGAACAUUUCCGUCAAGCAGCUCUGGCUGUUGCAGUUGGAAUUGUCAUCCAGCUGAUUGUUCAAAUCCCAAUUAUUGGCCUCAAAUUUAUCUUGUACCUUCUCUCGUGGAUCAUUGAUCUAGAAAGUGCAACAUGGGACAACGAUCUUCUAAGUGGACUAGAGUUCUUGUCCAAAUCUGUUCUGCAGGUCCCAUUCGUACUGAUGGCUUUAAUGGGCCACCUCACUCCGACACUUGAUGAGAUCUUUAUGCAAUCUAUCCACUGGGUGGACAGUACAUACAUUCAGAAGCACAAGUCUGAGGACCCCAACACCUUGCGUGCGAUGUACUACCCCAAUCUGCAGCUCUUUCCAACCAAGGGCGGUCCUCGUCAAUCACGCCCUAAGAUGGAGAUCUUGUUGGCCUUUGCCAAUCGCUAUGGCAAGAAACUUGCGCUCGGACUAGGAGUCUACUUCCUAUCCAUGGUUCCUAUCAUUGGACGAUUCGUGAUGCCAGCGGCCAGUUUCUAUACCUUCAAAUCCAAUGUUGGCACCGGUCCGGCUGCAGCUAUCUUCGGUGCUGGUCUGGUUUUGCCUAAGUCAUACAUUAUUCAAUUCCUGCACACCUACUAUGCAUCCCGAAGUCUGAUGCGUGAGCUUCUCGACCCCUAUUUCCGUCGUAUCAAGUUUACCCCGGAGCAAAAGAUCCGCUGGUUCCGUGACCGUGAGGGCGUUCUAUUCGGCUUUGCCUUUGCCUUCACUGUUGUGCUGAAGACUCCUUUCAUCGGUGUCCUUAUGUAUGGAAUUGCCGAAGCAUCUACAGCAUACCUUGUUACCAAGAUCACCGACCCACCACCAUUCCCUGCAGAGAGCGAGGACUUUGCUGAGAGCCAAGUCACCUGGAAGAACAAACACGACUUCCUGCGUCUGUCGCUUGACAACCUGGACAAGCUGAAUGUGGCUAUUGAGGAGAAGACACCUUCUACUGAUGGAAAGAAGUUUUCUUGA